ACUAACAGGCUUCAUUGGACAUGAGAUCUCCAGCUUCUCCAUUGUAGCAGCACAAGCGCUAAAAGUAAACAAUACGAUGAUAGGAAUAUAUCACAUUUCCAAAAGACAUUUUUUGUCCAGUUUGAAGUCAAUGAUAGCGCACAGAAGCGUGAGCGAAUCAGAAAAUAUUGCAGCUGUUGGCGAGGCGUAUGUGGAGCCUGGAGGUCUUGGGCGCAUAGCAGGCUAGAUGGGGCGAUGCUAGUAACUGGGUGUUGAGUAAAAGAGGAGGGAAUAGCAGAGAUAAUUGGAAAUCAAGUAAAGUGAGGCGAUUGCUGUGUCUUUGGAACUUUUUUACUGGCUCCAAAAUGAUUAAAUCAAACCUCUCGAUAUUUCUGAGGUAGACAUUACAUAUACUUUACCAUUUCCGUAUUCUAUGAUGUGAGAACCUUUCCGUGGGUACAGUUGCAGAGUUGAAUGCAGGGAUAGAUAUGGCCAUGACCAUUGACCGGGACACGUAACAAGAAGGAUGUCAAGUCUCAUAUUUCCAAUUAGGCUUCACUUUGUAUUUUCUUCUCCAGUAAAAGUAGUCUUAUUUUCUCACUUUCAGCUUUCAACACUAAAUUGCAAGCUCCAGUUUGCCAUCAAGCCAGUAACUAUGUAUAGGAUUGGACAAACUAAGAUUAUAAGCUCAUAUAAUGCACUUAACCGCACCACCGAUUAAAAUCUAGCAUUAGCUCUGGUUCAUUUCUAAUUCUCUGGAGCCAGUGUUUGCGGGAUCUGCCAAAUGGGUUUAGAAAAUGGAAACCACAGUAGAAUUCGAAAAUAGAAACAGACAUCAGAUGUUGGGACUUUUUUUUUUUUGUUGAAAUGGAGAUCGGGGAUUUGGGAGUAGAACUCACUCAGAUGCAUUUACUACCAGACUAAACCUUAUCCUGUAGAAUCGCUGGAUAGCAAUACUUUUUGGGGCUAGAUUAAGCUGCUGCCUGCUGGCACAGACCACAGAGUAAUCUGCGUGUGGGCGUUGAGUUCCGAGACCUGGUGGAAUGUUACGAUUGUAUUGUGUCCAUAUUGGAAGUCUAAGAUUUCAAUAUGAAGCACAUAUGCAUUUUGGGGAUCAGUUCUUCUGAAUUCAAAUCCAGGUGCUAUUCAUACCAUGUCUAUAGUACUUGAUCAUCCAGUAGGCCAUACUAACAGAACUGAACCUUCCAACUAGGAUCUACUUUAGAGUUUGUAAUCGUGACUUCAAUCAAUUUCUUCAGUGAUAGAAUCAACAAUGUAUGCCUUGCUUUGUCUUUUAGCUGUUUUAGUUAUAACGUUGGACAACGCAGUUGUAGAUUACAGUUUUCCUACCUUUUUUUUCUUUCUUUUUUAGAUAUUAAGGGGAAAGAAACCAUGUCUAGGUAUUGUAUUAAUUUCAAAGCUGAAAACUUUAAGUUGCAUUUUAGAUCAAAUGUGUGUGACACGGCCUAAGUUUGAUAGCUGAUGAUUGCAAGCAAAGCAAGUAAACCCAAUAUUUAAUUUUGACCCUCUUCAUUUUUAUCUGCUUAAACUCCAGACUCCCUCUCUUUCUCUUUUUUAAUAAAUUAGAACCGUCGCUAGGCUUCUAUUAGUUGCUUACUAGCUAAAUAUACCAUUAAAAACUUUAAUCCCUUCAACCAAACGCCAUCCCUUCAUUUGUUCCUUAAUAAUAUAUAUUUAUAUAAGCUCUAUUUGUUGCUUCACUUGCAAAAUUAACCACUGCAAUUCUAUUUUCUAUUGCCUUGGCUCUCUCUCUCUUCAUAAAAGCAGAACGCGCGUACUAUAUCAGUCACUCCAUUUCCUCAGAAACAUUUAAGCUGAACAUCUUCCAAAAAGUAUCCAAUGCUAGCUUUCUUCAAUUUGUGUUGCCUUUGUCCAUUUAUAAUCUUCUUCGUGGUCUCCCUUCCAUUACAAAGGAAUAAUAAAAAGAGAAAAGUCCGCAUCUAGUAAACAUUUCAAGCCUUUUCGGUCGCGAAUAUGUAUUGCCUUUGAGGGAGAAUUAGGUGACUAAUUGCCAAACAAGUUCACAGAAAAACUACAUACAACAAAAGGAAGAGAUCAGAUUGUUACUAUGGAGGGACAAAAAGAGAGGAACAACUCAAGCCCACCAAAGGAGGACAUGUCCAUCACAAGAAACGGAGGUUGUACAGCAGAGAAUGGCCGCAUCAUCACUUCAGCAGCAUCCCGACUGCCCUUCAAUGGACCUACGGGUGCCCCGUCAAGCCUGCAUCUGGAGGAUCAAAGGCCAUGCAAGAAAGUGGUUAGGUACAAGGAAUGCCUCAAGAACUAUGCAGCGGCAAUAGGCGGGAAUGCAACAGAUGGAUGUGGUGAGUUCAUGCCUAGUGGUGAACAAGGCACCCUCGAGGCCCUCAAGUGCUCAGCCUGCAGUUGCCACAGAAACUUCCACAGGAAAGAGAUAGAUGGCGAGUGUGUAUAUGAUUUUUAUCACUCUUCUAUAGUCGGAAAUUCUGGGAGCAGAAUCAUUUUGGGACACCACAAUGGCGUAAAUGGAUCACCACAAGUGCAUCAUAUAAAUCCCUUGCUUUCCUCAAAGGCUCCCCCGCCUCACCAGGUGAUAGUCUCCUAUAGAAGUGGUUCAGUCCCUUCAGAAUCUGACGAGAAGGAUGACGAUGAUGAUGGACAUGGAGUAGUGGCAAUUAGGUCUGUUGGGAAGCCGAGAAAGAGGUUCAGGACCAAGUUCACAGAAGAACAGAAGCAAAAGAUGCUGAGCUUUGCGGAAAAGGCUGGAUGGAAAAUGCAAAAGCUAGAAGAAUCUGCCGUGCAGCGAUUUUGCCAAGAUAUUGGAAUUAAAAGAAGAGUUCUCAAAGUGUGGAUGCACAACAACAAGCACAACUUUGCCAAGAAAAACCCAUCAACUAGCUAUUUAGAAGCUGAGCAGUCUCAUUAGUUUUAGUUUGCGAAUCUUGUUCUACAUGGAUGAAUUUGAAUUAAGCAUCCUUCUCGUCGUAUUGUGUUUGAUCCUUUCCUCUAAGACUAUGGAUUUCUGGUUUGGAUGUUUCAGAAACUGCAAACAUCUAUGAUUGGUGCAGUCUAGAAAAGUUAGUUUCUUUUUUGUCAUGAGAGUGGAGGCUUAAGGCUGAAAUCUACCACCGCGUAGCAAUAUCCAAUUUCCCAUUGUUUAUGUAUAUGCUGAGCAAGAAAGAAAGAUCUAUUGGAGUUUUUAUUUGGUAAAACUGUGGACCAUAACCAUUGAUUAUAGUGGAAAACUCAUUACAAUUAGUGAUCAUCCACAAAAACUUCUUUAUUUUUGGCAUUUCUAUAAAUGGCUCACUAAAUGCUUUCGAUGAUAAGAUGUUGCAGUUGUUGAGGAAUGAAUAACUAUACAAACAAAAAUUUGGAAGCAACUCCUUCACGAUUCACAAAUGUUGUCAACAACCCAGUAACAAAUACCAACACAUCAAAUCAUUAUAGUAGUUGGAGAGGGAGGAAAUGUUCACUGGUUAAAGUUAUGCUCUAUUACUAAGAUGUCAAUUAAAAAGAAAACAUUUGCAAAAGUUCAACUUCUGAUAUUGGAAUCUUAAAAAUGGAUGAAAAGCUUCAAGUUAAUGCGAAAAAGUUGGUCUCGUGGAGUUCUGCGUACUGUCUUGAUGACCCAUUUCACAAUCAUAUAAUUGUCUCAUCCAACAGCAUGCAUGUGUGAAUGGAAAUGACUUUUUCUGCUGGACUAGCAAAUUGGAGUGAGUAGGUUUAAGUAGGAUUAAUUAUAAUCAGAUGGGUAUGGCAGCAGCAGUCAAAUCUUAGAAAAGAUGGGAGUUUCGAAAUGAAUGAAUAAUUAAGUCAUUAAUCAUGAGUAGGGUGCAUGUGCAGAAAGAAAAACAUCCUAAUAAUAAAGUUUUUUGAACUUGACACAUAUAUAUCUAACUUAGGAUACUUGGUUUAGAAAAGGUUAAGUAGAAUUAGGGGAAUGAUUAUGAUAAACAUAGGCACUAAUUGAUGCUUCCAUGUUCCUAAUGUUAAUACAUUAAUUAAUGCACUCAAUCCCUAUAGUUUCUUUUGGCAUAUAAUAAUGGAAGGUGGAUUUGCUUGAUUUCUUUUCUUUGUUCUAUGUCUUAAUGAAAUGAUUCAUGCCAAGACUGACCUAAAGUAUUCAUAAUACAUGCUUUAGCUUGGAUAAUGAUUUGAGCCAACAGUA